CCAGCGUGGCUCUCCGGAGGGUGGGGCAGCCGCGGCCGAGCCUGACGUCUGGCGCCUUGACCGUCGCUCGGCGCUCGCCCCGCCCCGCCGCGGCCGCAGCAUCCGGGAGAAGCCCCUAGGAGCCACCGCCGCCAGCCGCACUCGGAUCGCAGCGCGCGCAGCCAUGGCUUCGGGGCUGGCGGAGGCGGAGACCCGGCAGAGGUUGCUGCGCACCGUCAAGAAGGAGGUGAAGCAGAUUAUGGAGGAAGCCGUCACGCGCAAGUUUGUCCACGAAGACAGCAGCCACAUCGUCUCUUUCUGUGCGGCUGUGGAGGCCUGCGUACUGCAUGGCCUGCGGAGGCGGGCGGCUGGCUUCCUGCGCAGCAACAAGAUCGCAGCUCUCUUCAUGAAAGUGGGCAAGAGCUUCCCGCCAGCAGAGGAGCUGAGCCACAAGGUGCAGGACCUGGAGCAGCUGAUCGAGAGCGCGCGAAACCAGAUCCAGGGCCUCCAGGAGAAUGUGCGAAAGCUGCCAAAACUGCCCAACCUGUCCCCGCUCGCCAUCAAGCACCUGUGGAUCCGUACAGCCUUGUUUGAGAAGGUCCUGGACAAAAUUGUUCAUUACCUUGUGGAAAACAGCAGUAAGUAUUACGAGAAGGAAGCUCUCCUGAUGGACCCCGUGGAUGGCCCCAUCCUUGCAUCUUUGUUGGUGGGGCCCUGCGCCCUGGAGUACACCAAGAUGAAGACUUCUGAUCACUUCUGGACGGACCCCUCAGCCGACGAGCUUGUCCAGAGGCACCGCAUCCACAGCUUGCACCUGCGACAGGACUCGCCCACCAAGCGUCCGGCCCUCUGCAUCCAGAAAAGGCAUUCGAGUAGCAGCAUGGAUGACCGGCCGUCCCUCUCCGCCCGUGACUAUGUAGAGUCCCUGCACCAGAACUCCCGGGCCACCCUGCUCUAUGGCAAGAACAACGUUCUGGUUCAGCCGAGGGAUGACAUGGAGGCUGUGCCGGGGUAUCUGUCCCUGCACCAGACAGCUGACGUCAUGACCUUGAAGUGGACGCCCAACCAGCUGAUGAACGGGUCUGUGGGGGACCUGGACUACGAGAAGAGCGUCUACUGGGACUAUGCCAUGACCAUCCGCCUGGAGGAGAUUGUCUACCUGCAUUGCCACCAGCAAGUGGACAGCGGUGGGACAGUGGUGUUGGUCAGCCAGGACGGGAUCCAGAGGCCGCCCUUCCGCUUCCCCAAGGGAGGUCACCUCCUGCAGUUCCUCUCAUGCCUGGAGAAUGGGCUGCUCCCUCACGGGCAGCUGGACCCGCCACUCUGGUCUCAGCGGGGGAAGGGCAAAGUAUUUCCCAAACUGCGCAAGCGAAGCCCUCAGGGUUCGUCCGAGUCCACGUCUUCAGACAAGGAAGAUGAGGAGGCCACAGAUUAUGUGUUCAGGAUCAUCUACCCUGGCAUGCAGUCCGAAUUCGUCCCCCAGGACCUGAUGGAUGUCUCUGUGAGCAACCUGCCAUCGCUAUGGCAACCCAGCCCACGGAAAUCUUCCUGCUCAUCCUGUUCACAGAGUGGCUCGGCUGAUGGUGGCUCAACCAAUGGCUGCAACCAUGAGAGGGCUCCCUUGAAGCUUCUCUGUGACAAUAUGAAGUACCAGAUUCUUUCCAGAGCCUUCUAUGGAUGGCUCGCCUACUGCAGACACCUGUCCACUGUGAGGACCCACCUGUCAGCCCUGGUCAAUCACAUGAUUGUGUCCCCGGACUUGCCCUGCGAUGCUGGACACGGGCUGACGGCCGAGAUCUGGGAGCAGUACCUGCAGGACAGCACAAGUUACGAGGAGCAGGAGCUGCUGCGUCUCAUCUACUACGGGGGCAUCCAGCCAGAGAUCCGCAAAGCCGUGUGGCCCUUCCUCCUGGGCCACUACCAGUUUGGGAUGACAGAAACAGAAAGGAAGGAGGUGGACGAGCAGAUGCAUGCCUGCUACGCGCAGACCAUGUCCGAGUGGCUGGGCUGUGAGGCGAUUGUGCGGCAGAGGGAGCGGGAAUCCCACGCGGCCGCCCUGGCCAAAUGCUCUUCGGGGGCCAGCCUGGACAGCCACCUGCACCGGAUGAUGCACCGGGACUCCACCAUCAGCAAUGAGUCCUCCCAGAGCUGCAGUUCGGGCCGCCAGAACAUCCGCCUGCAGAGCGACUCCAGCAGCAGCACACAGGUCUUUGAGUCUGUGGACGAGGUGGAGCAGGUCGAGGCAGAAUGCAGGUUGGAGGAGAAGCAGCCCAAGAUCCCCAACGGGAACCUGGUGAAUGGCACCUGUUCCCCAGACUCCGGCCACCCUUCCUCCCACAACUUCUCCUCGGGCCUCUCGGAGCACUCAGAACCCAGCCUGAGCACCGAGGACAGCGUCGUGGAUGCCCAGCGCCCUGCCCCACUGGUGAUUCGACCCAGGGACAGCGGUGUGGAUGACGGGCAGAGCAGCGAGGCCACCGCUUCCCGGGAUGAGGUCCCCCGUGAGGAGCUGGCUGUGCAGGACAGCCUGGAGAGCGACCUCCUGGCCAACGGGAGCAUGGACGAGUUCGUGUCCAUCACUGGCAGUAUGGAUGUAGCUCUGCCUAAAAGGGGGGGCCCUGCAGUGGAGGGCUGGAGAGGCAUCGAGGUGGGGAAGCAGAGCCAGGUGGACAGUGAAGACAACCUCUCAGAGGAGCCCGAGAUGGAGAGUCUCUUCCCCGUGCUCGCUUCUCUGGCCGUGACCACUUCUGCCAACAGCGAGGCAUCCCCCGUGUCUUCUAGUGGCGUCACCUACUCUCCAGAGCUGCUGGAUCUGUACACGGUGAACCUGCACCGCAUCGAGAAGGACGUGCAGAGGUGUGACCGCAACUACUGGUACUUCACACCCGCCAACCUGGAGAAGCUACGGAACAUCAUGUGCAGCUACAUCUGGCAGCACAUUGAUAUCGGCUAUGUCCAGGGUAUGUGUGACCUCCUGGCUCCACUGUUGGUCAUUCUGGAUGAUGAGGCCCUUGCCUUCAGCUGCUUCACCGAGCUCAUGAAGAGGAUGAACCAGAACUUCCCCCACGGAGGCGCCAUGGACACGCACUUUGCUAACAUGAGGUCGCUAAUCCAGAUCCUGGACUCAGAGCUCUUCGAGUUGAUGCAUCAGAAUGGGGACUACACUCACUUCUACUUCUGCUACCGCUGGUUCCUGCUGGAUUUCAAGCGAGAACUCAUCUAUGAUGACGUCUUCUCUGUUUGGGAGACCAUCUGGGCAGCCAAACACGUGUCGUCCGCCCACUAUGUCCUGUUCAUCGCGCUGGCGCUGGUGGAGGUCUACCGUGAUAUCAUCUUGGAGAACAACAUGGAUUUCACAGACAUCAUCAAAUUUUUUAAUGAAAUGGCUGAGCGACACAACACCAAACAGGUCCUGAAGCUGGCCCGGGACCUCGUGUACAAGGUGCAGACCCUGAUUGAGAACAAGUGAGGACCAUGUCACCCAGGCAGCGUCAGCCGAGCCUCCGCCCACCUGCCUGUCCUGCCUGCUUCUCCUCCUGGCUGCCCAGGGAGCAAGGUCCUGGCAUCUGUUCCCGAGCAUGGACCUCUGUGCAAAGAGAAAGUUCCCCAACUUUGGCUACCAGGCAGGUGGGAUCGAGGGGUUGCCCCUUCAGUUCAGCCUUAUGUUUCCUGUUUGACCAAAGAUCGCCCAAGUCUGGGAUUUCUCCCUUGUGGGAGUUGGGAGUUGUUGGUGUGCGGAGGGAACAUCUUCGUUCAUGGUCCCCAGAAUGGUCUCCUCCCUCUUCUCUCCCAUCCCUCCAACUGUCUUGUCGGAUGAGACUUGGGGAGGGAACUUUUUGGAAACUGGUAUAGGAGAGGUCUGUGGGGCUACCUCUGUACUCUGAAAGGGGCCUUUGGAGAUGUUCCAGAACGUGGCUGGAAGGUUGGCCUGGAGCAGAGCACUGUUGACAUUUAAUGCUUUUUGGAGGGAUGCUGCCCUGUGCACUCUUGGAAUUUGAGCAGCCUCCCUGGCCUCUGCCUACUACCUGCCAGUAGCACCCUCCUCCCCAACCCCUAGUGACAUCCCGGAGCACCUCCAGACGUUGCCAAAUAGCCCCAUUUGAGAACCACUGGCUUGGAGGAGGGGCUACAAGUGUAUCUCCUCUCCACUUUCUUUGUACCUGAGCCGCCUAUAUCCUGAGACUUUCUUCCAUUUAGAAAAGGCACAUGGGGUCCUUUGCACAUCUCUCUUGGGGUCCUGGAUUUCAACCGUUGUGUAUUUCUCAUUUUUUCUCCUCCACCUGGCCCAGGAGAGACUUUUUUCUUCUUUUAAAGAAGGACGUCUGCCUGUGAGAAGUGUCUGUAAGCAUGAGAUAGGCCUCUUCCGGGUCCUGCUCAGGGGCCCCGGGGCAGGGCCGAGUCCGCGUCCCCUUCCUCUCUUCCCAGGGAGGACCUCGCCUCUCCUUCCAUACAUCGGGUCUGAUGUUCCAGAAGCUUGGAAGAUGUGUGUUGGUGCAAGCCACUUGUUUAGGGAGGCUGGCUUUUCUCUAAGUGCCCUUGCUCACUCAGGACAAAGGAGGGAAAGGAGGACAGAGGUUGGCCCAGGUAGGGUAUGUCGGGUGUUUUCCUUGGGAAAGAAACAUCAGCUGGUGAACUGGUGCCAGGGUCACAGACCAGACUGGAAAUGGUCCCCUCCAUGUCUUCACACAGAGGGUCACCAAUCCCCAAACAGGCCCUAAGCGAGCUAGUUUACCCUGCCUACCUGUCCUCCCAGGAGAGUGGUCCUGCCAGCCCUUCUCUUCCGAGAGUGUACCAGAGUCGGGAGAAACAGUGAGAGUUGGGAAGGGAUGCUCUUCCCAAGAAUGGCAGGUAGGAUUUUGGAGAGGGUAGGAGACUCGUCAAGCACUUUGAAGCAUUCACAGAGAGAGUGCAUUAGUCCUUCCGUCCUGAGCAAACCAGGAUGGGGAGCAAUCCCUUCCUGGAGUGCUUGUGAAGGCGCUUCCCUUGGACCCGGCACUUUAGGUUGCACUGAACUUUUGCCUGAGUAGGGCCUCCUGGGCAGGAUGGAUGAGACUAGAUGGCCCUCGCUUCCGAAGAACGCUCCGUGAGAAAUGCAUCUCCUCGCCCUAGUCCCCCACAUUCCCAAGAUGGGAGAAAAUGUAUGAAAGUCCCCUCCAGAUGAAAGUUUAUUUUGCCAUUCAACUGUUCACUACAGAGGAUGUUAUUUUAGCAAGACCCAGGUCCUAGACCUUCCGAUUCUUACUUGUUUUUUGACAGACUAGUCUGAAAGUACAGCACAAGAUCUCUUCUCUGCCUUCUCUCGUGGUGUUCCAGAGAGCGUCAUGGUUGUGAUUUGGAAUAACUCCUAUUUAUUUGGCUUACUGUGUUUAUUCGGAUCUCUGUAUGUUGUGUGUGUCCUUGUGUCCCUGAAUCGUAUGCGUGCGAGUUGUUUUAUCUAUGGAGUGCCCUCCUUUUCUCAGUGUUGCCAACAUAUCUUGUUACAGUUUACUACAGAGUUGUGUCUGUAGAGAGAGAAAAUAUAUAUAAACAGAAACAUGUGAACCUGGGUUAUUUUUUGUUUCUGUGUUUGGGGAUUUUCUUUUUAAUUUGAAAGAAAGAAAUGCUUGCUUCUGAAGACUGUGUCCUCAUACCCCACCCUCCACCCCACCUCAGUGACCCAGACACAGAGAGGGACAUAUUCUUAUGAUAGACUCCCUGGUCUUUCCCCUGAAAGUUCAAGGCUGGUGAAUCUCAUCUCAUCCUUUGUAUCAGUUAGCUGUUACCACAAGUAAUGCUGUGUAACAAACCACCCCAAAUCUUAGUGGCUUCAAACAGCCAUUUAUUUAACUUGUGAUGAUUCUGUAGGUCAACAAUAUGAGCUGGGUUCAGCUGGGUGGUUCUUCUGGUCUCAGCUCGACUUCUUUGUGUGUCUCUGGUCAGCUGAUGGCCAGCCAGGCUACUCUGCUUUUGACAAUUGGCCGGCUGUUGUCUAGGAUAGUGGGAGAAACUGGGCCAUGUAUCUCCCAUCCUCCAUUAGGCUAGCUCAGGCUUGUUUACAUGGCCAUGAUGGCAGUUUCUAAGAGAGCAAACAGAAGUGUGCAAUGCCUCUUGAGACCUAGGAUUGGAAUUGGCAUAAAGUUAUUUCUACUAUAUUCUUUUGGUCAAAGAAGUCAUAUGGCUGAGCUCAGACUGAAAGGAUGGAGAAAUAGAUUCCACCAGUUGAUGGGAGGUUUUGAGAAGUGACAAUGAAAAGGGCUGUAAGUACAGGCAGGGAAAUAAUUGAGUAUUUUUGCAAACAGUCUACCAUGUAUCCCAAGGUCCAUGCACAGGAGGGGUCCCAAGAUGGUCAGCCAUUGGACUCAAGAGUAUACCUCUAAGUUGAUGCCUCACUGUAUCCCCACUGCUGAGCUGGCUCCUCUCUCACCCCCAGUGUUCCCAUAGACCAUCAACUUAUCUCCUCAAUAUCUAUGAUUCCCACUCACGGCUGCCAUUCUGAACCACAGUCUUUGGGCAAUGGAGACCUCACAUGGAUCUCCACCCCCAGCAGCCUCUAACCAUGCGCCAAGGGAAACUUCUGGUUUUCCGCUGCAGAAGCAAAGCUUGAUUUAAUCUAAUGAGCACCCAUCAAAACUUCAGGUUUUCUAUAGAAAAAGUUAGUUUCCAAAUAAGCCAGCAAAGUAAAGGAGUUUCAGGUGGCAUUGGUGGCUUGGCUUAGCCCAGGUCACCACUUCCUUGGAAGAUUGCCAGCAGAGGUAAGUCUGAAGCCACACAGCAGCAGGCAGGUGGGGACUUGUCUUUUGCUGGCCCACAUGGGGCUCUCUUAGUGGGAAGGUCUGCUUCUUCCUGGGAGAAGCUUCUGUGAGCAAAGACUGGUCCUGAUGUUCUGACCAUCCUUUGAAGCCACUGGUCUCAUUUCCCCAACUCCAGCCAUAGCUUGGUACACGUGGCCCUCCCCCUGGAGGACCCCACUAUUCUUGCAGCUGCCUGGCACCACCAGACCUGGGUACCACCAGCAUACCUGUUAUGUGUGUACAAAUGUGCAGUUACAUGCACUAUUGACUUACGGUAAAGGACGAUAUAUUUUGUGGGAAAAAAAUCCUAAGAGAAUGUUUUGCUUUUGUAAAGGUUUUCCUAAACACAUGCAUUUGCACCUUGCAUAGAUGUGAGAAGAUGAGUCUUGGGCCACUAGGCACGUUUUCGUGACCCAAAGCAGGGAUGGAGAAGGGGUCUUUGUUGCCAUGUGUCUGGCACACACAGUUGUCACUGUGGACUCCUCCUCCGCCCCUUUUCUUCUUCCUCCUCCACCUCCUCCUCCAUCUUUUCCUCCAUUUCUUUACCUUCUCCUUCCCCCAUCCCUCUGAUUCCUCUCCUCUCCUCCUUCUGCCUCCUUUCCUUGUAGCCAUGAGCAUGUGGAUACUGUCCGCCACCAUGUCUUCUGCCUGAAUGUUGCUGUUCGCAUUCAGAACAACACUGCUGGGUUUAGACCCUCUGGCUGCUCUGUCAUCUCUCUUCUAAAUCACGUUCCAUUUUCUUUUCACCUCGAGCGUUCCAUUUGGCUUGUGGGAGAGGCCACGCGGCAACUGAGAAGCACUUAUGCAAAGAGUUUGGGAGGCCCCAACCAUCCCAUUUCAGAACAGCUGCAACCAUUUAUGCCAUCCUGUUUCAUCUUCCUUCUUAUCCCUCCCUCCUUCUCUCCCAGGCCUGAGGUCCCAGCAGCCCAGUGGGAAAAGGAGGUGAGGGGUACAGUCAAGGGCAGUGGGAGGAAGUGGUUUAGAUUUCUUUCCUUUUCAACAGAUACUCAAGUUUGAGAGACAUUAGAUCCAUCAAUCAAUGAGUCUUCUCCCCAAGUUUUAUGACAGCAUGAAACUCAAGUCACCUGCAGUCCACCUUUAUGAUUUGGACCAUAUCUGUGUACCAUCUGUACUAUUAUAUCUUUACUAGUUUUCUUUUUUCUUUUUACUUUUCGGCCACACCGCGUUGCAUGUGGGAUCUCAGUUCCCCGAUCAGGGAGCGAACCUGCACUCCCUGCAGUGGAAGCGCGGAAUCUUAACUGGACCGCCAGGGAAAGUCCCUUUACUAGUUUUCUUUAAAUCAACUCAUUUUUUAAAACUUAAAACUUAUGGCAAGCCAGGAUCAUUUGCAUAAACAGAAGAUGGUUGUAAAAAUAAAUAUUAUUAUUUUGCCAAAAUACUAUUUCCCACCAAAGGCUUUCUGAAGCUUGCUCUCUUGCCAUUAAGAAGAGAUGUACUAAGGGUUUGAGAGGUUAAAGACAUGCUAGCACCAGACGAGCCUUUCUUCUUGGAGCACUUAAAGGAGGAUUGAAGUGGGAGUGACUUUCUCACCACACCAACUAAAAUCAUGUCCUAUAUCUUUGUCCACAUGCUUGGGGAGGGAUGACUUAGGAUCCCAACUCUGCCACUUCCUGGCUGUGUGGCUUUGGGCAAGUGACUUUACCUCUCUGAGCCUUGGUUUUCAUUUCUGUGAACUGGGGGUAAUAAUGCCUCCCUUGGGUCUGGAUUCAGUCCCGGCCCUCCUCUUUCCACUGGGACCCUCUGCCCCUAGCAUCACUGGGGAUGAUUUCCUGGUUGGGACCUCAGUUUCCCUGAGUUCCCAUCAUCUGUCUUGCUCAGGUUCUCAGGUGAAUCUUUUUUUUUUUUUUUUUAAUUAUUAUUAUUUUUUAAUGCUAUUCUUGUCUGCUUACAUUCUUUUUAUGUAUGUAUGUAUGUAUGUAUGGCUGUGUUGGGUCUUCGUUUCUGUGCGAGGGCUUUCUCUAGUUGUGGCAAGCGGGGGCCACUCUUCAUAGCGGUGCAGGGGCCACUCUUCAUCGCGGUGCGCGGGCCUCUCACUAUCGCGGCCUCUCGUUGCCAAGCACAGGCUCCAGACGCGCAGGCUCAGUAAUUGUGGCUCACGGGCCUAGUUGCUCCGCGGCAUGUGGGAUCCUCCCAGACCAGGGCCCGAACCCGCGUCCCCUGCAUUGGCAGGCAGACCCCCAACCACUGCGCCACCAGGGAAGCCCCUCAGGUGAAUCUUUGACACAGCUCCUGGAGGAGAACUGGGGAAGGGAUGAGCUCUGAGCCCUCUGGGGCUAUGACAGAGCAACUGGAGUUAGGUGUGGUGAGGCCACCAGUUCUUGGCAGGAGCAAUACCCACUCUGACUCUGUAGUUUGCAUCGGGUUCUGCUGAGUCAGGGAAGGGCUCUUGGGUCUCUGUGCUGCUGGCCUUUAAGCUGCUGGACACAUUGAGAGCUUGAGCCCAGGACAGGUAUAGACUCUACAAGGAGCACAGUUUGAUCCUUUUUGGAGUGCCAGCUUGCCAAUCCGUUGCUAAGUCAACCUAGUAGAAUUCAAAUGACCUACAGAAUGAUGCCGUUCCCUGGGGACUUUCCAUUACAUCAGGGUGUUGGGCAGGAAUCCUCCAGUAUCUUCCUGGCUUGCUUUAUUCAGUCUUGUGGGCCCAGUGAUUUCCAGCCUCGGCAGGUAAAGGGCUCCUGCAAACAAAGAAUACCGCUUAUUAUGAUGAACAGAAAAUCAGACAGACAGAUCCCUCUGUCUCUUGUCAAAUAAAGACAGCAUCUGUGUAAAUGCUUCUGCUUCAUAGGCUGCAGAUUUGCUCCCUUUGGCAUUGCUGAAAUUGUUGAAAGAGAAAAUUAAGGAACGUGGGAGCUGCUGUAAAGUUAUUACAUAGAGGAGGCGGCUCAUCCCUAGCGCAGGUGGGUGACCUGAAGCUGAGUUUGGGCUUCUUCUUGGUGGCAUCUACUUGCUGCUUUUUGCACUGGGAUGCUGCCUGGGCCUCCUGGAAUCUUCCCACAGAAGCCUGACUCACAUCAAAGUGCUUCUGAUGACACUUGAAACAUACCACUGGUCUUUGAGUCCAUUUGGAUACCAUGUGGUGGCUUCCUAGGUUUUCUAUUACUUUAUUCCCUUAUUCUCUUACUUUUUAAAGUAAUUAUUGUCCUUAUUGUUUUUUCUGAAAGAUGAAUGCAAGCUGCGUUCUCUGUGGUCUGUGUGUUUUCAAAAUAAUAGAAUCGCUCUAAUAAUAUAAUAUUGUUGUUUACAGAUGUUCUUAGUUGAACAUUUAAAACCAAAAGAGUUUGGUGAGCUGGGUCGGGGCAGAGAUAACAAAUUCAGGUGUUAUUUUGCCUCCAUCACAGAGUCUGACAGACCUGGAUUCAAAUCCCAGCUCUGCCACUGAUCAGCUGUGUGACUUUGGGCAAGUGACUUUGUCUCUCUGAGCUUCAGUUUUCACUUUUGUGAAAUGCAGAUAAUAAAGCUUCCCUUAAAGAGA